AUGAAUACCCCUAAAUAUACCAUUAACUCUAUAGUUAGCAUUUAGGAUUAAAAUUCAAAUAGAAUAAUAUAAUUAGGCUAACUUGUGAACGAAAAAGAAAAACAUGGACUUUUGGAUAUUAAUCAAAACACUCCAUAAUAAAGCAGCAACUCUAAUGAAACUUCACCUAAAAAUGAGUUAAAUACAAAACUUACUCUUAUCGCUUAGUGUUCUAAAAAGCAUGAAAAGGAUGAUUUAGAUAUGGAACACUUAAUUAAAUUUUAACAAUUAUUGUAAAAUUCAUAACAAUCAGCAGAUGCAGAAUAUUUAUAUCUCAAGGAGGAUAUUAAAAAGUCAAAGGAGAGAGAAAAAUUAAACGAAGUAAAUGUUCAUGAUGAAUUCAAUCCAAGUGUUAAUAAUAAUUUUUUUGAGCAAUUUAGAUUUAGAUACUUUUUUGAAUUUUUCUGCUAUCACUUUAUAUAUUUUGUAUUACUUGGACCACUGGCUAUACCUCUGAUUAAUUUAAGAGGCAAAGCUUUAUCUAGAAAUAUGCAAUUUUCAGGAAUAUCUGGUUUUUCUAUUUAGUAGUUCGUAAUCUAUCUUUUAAAUAUUACAGCAUUUGCUGUAUUUUACACUAAAAAAUGUGAUGUGGUUACUUUUUAAGUAGAAAUGAUUAAUAUCAUAGCAAUUAUGAUAACAAGAUGUGUAGUUUUAGCUUGUAAAUAUGCUACUUACGAUCGCAAAAAAAUGUAAUAUUUAAGAGAUAAUAUAUUAUCAAACGAGGUUAGGAAUUCAGAGCUUUUUUUUGCAGGAUGGACAAGCUAAACACCAAUAAUUAUCCAUCGCUCAGUAUUACAAUGUUAAAAGGCAUUUAAUAUUGAUCCUAGUUUAUUUUAUAUAUAAUUUAUGGUAACUCCAGAGCAAAAGACUGAUGCUCGAUUGAAGGAGCAUUAAGACAUCCUAAAGUAAGUCAGAGAUAACGAUUAGUUUUGUCAAAGGAUACCACCUCCAGUUGUUAGGCCAAAAAAGGAAAAACAAGAAAAAAUAUACUUUGGUUAUGAAAUUUUAAAAGAUUUAAUUGAUACUUAUCAGUUAAAACAUAGAAAAUUCAGAAAAUUUUUGAUUAUAAGUGCUGUAGUAUUUUCAUUAAUGAGAUCUCUGAUUCCUUUUAUUUUUCAUAUUUCCAGUAAACCAACAGAUCCAUAUAUGCACGCUCAUGAAUACUUUAUAGGUGUAGUAAGUACAUUCUAAGUUUUUAAUAUGUAUCUCUUCUUUUGCUUGUAAGCUGUGCUAGGCUAUUUCGAUACUACAAGAAAGCUUUUCAUGUAAAGAUAACUUUCAUUUAUGAUCGCACCAAGAAAAUUAAAAAAUUUAGAUAUGGAAAAAAUUUUACCCACAAUAGAUAUUUUCAACAGCUAUACAAUAAAAGGAUGGACUCUAAUAAGAAAAGUUUGUAUGGAAUACGGAAAAGCUUACAGCUUAAGAGUUUAAGGAUUGUUUACAUUUUUAGGAAUAUGGAUUAUAGGCAGCAUAAUAAUUUUAGUUUUGGAUGCUUUUAAGAUUGUCACUACUUUUGAAAGAAUAUUUCUUGUUCAAUUGUAUGUCGAUACUAUUGUAAGUUUGUUUUUGGUCUUUGCCCUUAUUGUAGCAGGUGCUUAGAUAAAUGAUGUUUUUAAUUUAUAAGAAAGCAUAUUAAAUGCCAACAAGACAAUAAUAUCUGAUCUAGGGCUCAUUAUAAAUGGUUUUUUAAAUGAAAAGUAUCACUCAGAAAAUUUUAUUUACACAAAAGCAUUAGAAAAACUACUGGAAUAAUAGUAAGAAAGUCCAGAAUAAAAAAUAUAGAGUCUUCUAUAACAUUAUGAUUUCCACAUAAACGAAUUAAUUUAUGAUAAAAACCACAAUCCAUUUACUCUAUUUGGCUUAAAAGUGACAUUUGUUAUGCUUUAAAGUGCAGCUGUUGCAUUUGGAAGUGUCGCAGCUACAGUUCUUUCGUAGCUAACAAAAAAGCAUUGA